GGUUCGCCAUUGGCUGGUCGAACUGAGUGAAACAGAGAUAGAAAAGAAAAAACAAUUUUUUUUUGGUGAACGAUAGGCAAGAAAGGUCCUAAAUCACAUUGAAUUGUAACAAUUCGAUUUGAUUAUGGCUCAACAUUUACUGAAUAAUUUGCAGCUGGCAAAGCAACAAGUCGGUGCAUUGGGAGCGGUUUGCAUCCGAAAUGGAUCAUUGGGUUCAUUGGCCAAAUAUUCAACAAUUACCGAUGAAGAGCCACGCCAAUUGAAAACCGUUCGAUUGACAUCAUUGAAGCGUGGUACCGGUGGACGGUCCAGUUUUAAUGGAAUGGUUGUCACAAUUUUUGGUGCCACUGGAUUCUUAGGUCCAAUGGUGGCCUACAAAUUCGGCAAGAUCGGUUCACAAAUGAUCUUUCCUUAUCGGGCUGACUUUUAUCCAGCGAUGCGCUUGAAACCAACCGGUGAUUUGGGACAGGUGUUAUUCCAUUUUUACAAUUUGCGCGAUGAAAAAUCCAUCAAAGAAUCCAUGAAAUAUUCAAAUGUCGUUGUCAACUUGGUUGGACGUCAAUGGGAGACUCGCAAUUUUUCAUUUAAUGAUGUCCAUGUGGAUGGCGCCCGUCUAAUUGCUAAAUGUGCCCGUGAAUGUGGCGUUGAGCGUUUGAUUCAUUUGUCAGCGAUGAACGUGACACCCGAACCAGAACCGAAAGUUUACGCAGGUGGCAGCAAGUGGCUGAAAAGUAAAUAUUAUGGUGAACAAGCCGUUCUAGAAGAAUUCCCGAAUGCAACAAUCAUUCGGCCGGCUGAUAUGUACGGUCGCGAGGAUCAUUUCUUGUGGUAUUACCAGCAUAUUUGGCGUCGUCAAGGACGUGCCCUGCCAUUGUGGGAAAAGGGAGAGAAAACCGUCAAAGCACCAGUUUUCGCUGGCGACAUUGCUACAGCCAUUGUCAAUGCGGCCAAAGACCCAGAAACAGCCGGCAAAAUCUAUCAAGGCGUUGGACCACACCGCUAUUUAUUGUCCGAAAUUAUUGACUACUUGUAUCGUGUUAUGCAAAAAGAUGAUAAAUAUUGGGGAUACAUUCGAUACAACAUGAAAUACGAUCCAAUUUUCUUUUUGAGAACUUUUUUGACCGAUAAAUUCACCAUUUCCAACCCCGUCGGCGAACUGAAUAGAGAACGCGUUGAACGAGAAUAUAUUAACGAUGUUAUCCUUGAGGGUGUACCAACGUUGGAAGAUUUAGGCGUUACUCCAACUUUAAUGGAUGACCAAAUACCAUAUGAAAUGAAGCCAUACAGCGCGUUUCUUUACUAUACCCCAGAGCCUGGUGAAUUUCCAGAGCCGGGAAAACCCAGACCGUUGGACAAAUACGAAUUUGUUUAAAUUUUCGAAUAUUUAUUCAAAUUAAGAUUUCCCACUGUUUAUUUUCCUUUAAAAAAAUUUAAUAAACUCGGUUUUGUUUCAUUAAAAAAAAACAAGAAUCAUUUAUAAUUGUGAAAGAAAACAGAAGUCUUAGCUUUUAAAUUCCAUCAAUAAAUAAAAAGAUAUUAUGAAAAAUCAAAGAAA